GGGCCCCUGGUCUGGCCCUAGAGGUGUGGGGGUGGGCGGGCUGUGUGACACGGGGCUCCCUGUGUCCCCAGUCACGUACGAGCUACCCCCGACAGCCCCCACCCUGCUCACGGUGCUGGCCUACUCCCUGCUGCCCAUCGGGGGUCUCUCCCUCAUCGUCCUGCUGGCCUUCUGGAUGUACCGCCAUCGCAAGCCCCCCUACGGCCACGUGGAUAUCCAUGAGGACCCCGGGCCUCCACCCCCUUCCCCCCUGGUGGGCCUGAAGCCACUACAGCUCUUGGAGAUCAAGGCACGGGGACGCUUUGGCUGUGUCUGGAAGGCGCAGCUUAUGAAUGACUUUGUGGCUGUCAAGAUCUUCCCACUCCAGGACAAGCAGUCGUGGCAGAGCGAGCGGGAGAUCUUUAGCACGCCGGGCAUGAAGCACGAGAACCUGCUGCAGUUCAUCGCCGCCGAGAAGCGCGGCUCCAACCUUGACAUGGAGCUCUGGCUUAUCACCGCCUUCCACGACAAGGGCUCCCUCACGGAUUACCUCAAGGGGAAUAUCAUCACGUGGAACGAACUGUGUCACGUGGCAGAGACGAUGUCGCGCGGCCUCUCAUACCUGCACGAGGACGUGCCCUGGUGCCGUGGAGAGGGCCACAAGCCGUCUAUUGCCCACAGGGACUUUAAAAGCAAGAAUGUUCUGCUGAAGAGCGACCUGACGGCCGUGCUGGCUGACUUUGGCUUGGCUGUUCGGUUUGAGCCAGGGAAACCUCCAGGGGACACCCAUGGGCAGGUGGGCACCCGACGGUACAUGGCCCCCGAGGUGCUUGAGGGAGCCAUCAACUUCCAGAGAGACGCCUUCCUGCGCAUUGACAUGUACGCCAUGGGGCUGGUGCUGUGGGAGCUGGUGUCUCGCUGCAAGGCCGCAGACGGGCCCGUGGACGAGUACAUGCUGCCGUUUGAGGAGGAGAUCGGCCAGCACCCGUCACUGGAGGAGCUGCAGGAGGUGGUUGUCCAUAAGAAGACACGGCCCACCAUUAAGGAUCACUGGCUGAAGCACCCGGGCCUGGCUCAGCUCUGUGUGACCAUCGAGGAAUGCUGGGACCACGACGCUGAAGCACGCCUGUCUGCUGGCUGCGUGGAGGAGCGGGUGUCCAUGAUCCGGAGGUCGGUCAACGGCACUACCUCGGACUGUCUUGUCUCCCUGGUGACCUCCGUCACCAACGUGGACCUGCCCCCUAAAGAGUCGAGCAUCUAAGCCUGGGACACAGUGUUCGUCUCUCCAGACUCAGUGGAGCUUGAAGAAGAAAGGAAAAAAAAAGUUGUGUUUUGUUUUGGAGACCCCAUAAAACCAACAAACACAUAAAAAUGCAGCUGCUAUUUUACCUUGACUUUUUAUUAUUAUUAUAAUUAUUAUUAUUAUUAAUAUUAUUUUUUGGAUUGGAUCAGUUUUUACCAGCACAUUGCUCUACUGUAUUGCAAACAGCGGACACGUCAGCAGGCGUUGAGGUGCUGAGCUGUGAAUGCAGAACCAGCGCCAUGCUAAGAGCCUCAGUCACCUCCUGCCCUUUGGGGUUCAUUUUUCCCGUGCCCCCCUUGUUUGUCGUCUCAGAACCUGUGACACAAACCCAUCUCCUGUCUUAGGAAACUUAAUGCUGCAAACUCGACCUAGAGGAACCUUUGAAGACUGUUACAUACGAACACAACUUCCUCAAAGGAGGGGCUUCCUCACCCCCUGGCCUCGGCCCCUUUUCCCUCCCACCCCCUGCCUUUCAUUUUGUUUUUCUCCCUUUUUAGACCGUGAGCUGAAGAAACAGCAGAUGUGUCUUUCACGGGUCUAACGGGUGUUAUCCCGACCGAGGAGGAACUGGGACGAGGAUGAUGAUGGUUUGGACUGGAGCUGGAGGGGAGGCCGGUGCUGGGGGUGGGGUUGGGUCAGAGCUACACUGGAGUCGGGCGGGUUUGGAGCAGCAUCCUUUGCCGUGGAGGCUACUUCUCAGGUAACCCGGAAUCGAGGGCAAGGACCUCGUGGAGGCCAAGCAUCGGCGGCAAGAGUGGGGUUUGGAGAAAGCCUGAAAGCUGGUGUGGCUUAGACCCACCUGCUGGCCCUGGCCAGUUUUUCCCCACUCCCUUGGGCUCGGGCGUAGGAAAAACUUUUUUUUUUUUUUCUGCCCUAGUUUUAAGGUUAGGUGAGGGUAGAAAUCACCACAAUUUAACAAGUACAUUCUUCACGAGACAUGAUGCUGUAAAUGUCUUAAAGGAGGCAAAGCUGAAAUACUUUGCUUCUUCCUGGAGCAGUUCAGGGAGGUGCCCACAAGGACGUGCCCCGCACAGCCAGGACAAGAGGACUUCCCAGGCGGGCUCCACGGGCUGCCUCUCUGGAGACCCCGAGAGUCCCGCAGCGCUGGCUCUGCCCCUCACGGUGACGCUGUUGUCCCUUGGAUGUGGCUCAUGGGCGCGGCUUUCUCCAGACCCCUUAAAGUGGUGCAUAUUCUGAAAACUGUUUUUUCUAUUUUGCCAUAACCUUGCUCUAGUCAGUGAAUGUCCCUACUGCUGCUGUUUUUCAACAUUUGAAUUUUUUUUUUUAAUUUAUGAAACAUGCAGAUUUUUUUUAAAAAACAACACACACGCACGCACACAUCCACACGUACACACGCGCUUUGUUAUGUGGCUUCCGAGGUUUAAAUUUAGAAGAGUAAAAGAAUUAAAACUUCACGACCACAGACCACCUCAAACCAGAAAUACCUCAGAAUUUUCUACUUGUGUGAGUUUUAUUAUCUGUUUUGUUAGUUGUGUUGUCUCGUAGUAAGUAUAUUUUAAUGUAAGUUGGCUUUUAUGACAGGAGAGUUUAAAAGAAAUAGGAAAAAAAGAAAAAAAAACUUUUAAGGGUCUUCUAGGGAGUGCUGUCAUUUUUGUCUGAUAACGCCCUCUUGUAAACACGUGUCAUCCGCUGUAGGUUGGCCGUCUCGGCCCAGUCAGGGCAUUCGUCACUCUUGUUUGUGAAGGCUUUUCCUUCAGGUUUCUUUAGACCAUUUACUUUAAAACAGUGCAUCUUUUGAUCUUGAGGGUCGGUGAGCUGGUGGGCGAGGGGAGAGGUCCACUUCGCUAGUGAGGGACACCUCUCCUUGGGUUACUCGGAGGUUCGGGUGUUUCCCACAACGUGAUUGGUCGGUGUGCGGCAUGACAAGUAGCCUCACCUUGACUUGGUAAAACUGUGGCCCGUAAACCCACGUGAGGUAAUUUUACCUGAGAUUUCGUUUCUGAAGCAAACUAGCAUCAACGUUCACCAGAGGGGACGUGUGGUGGAAUCCACAGCGUGACUCGGGGCGGUCAGCGAUGAAGCAGCGUGGCGGGGAGUGGCGUGUGCUCACCUGGUCUCCAUCUGAGAGGGCACCACGCACGCCGUUAGCUGUCCCUCCCUCUCGGCACACUGCGUGUGCGGCGGGGCUGCCACCUGCUGUGGACACGGGACCUGUGGGAGAGGC